AGUCUGCGCCUGCGCGGACUGCGGCAGAGGGCGGGGUGUGAGAAGCAGAGUACACUGAGACUAGCAUUCACUGCUGGCCAGUGCCUGCGUUUUCCACCACCUCUGAUUUCAGCUUCAGCAAGUUGCUUGGAACUUUGGUUCUGGCAGCAGCAGCAACAUCAUUACCGCUAGCGGCAGUUUUGUGCCGAGGCACCUACACACCUCCAGUCGUCUGUGCCAGAUCGCGGGCCUGUCUGUGUCUGCUCCUACACGCCGGUCGGCAGGACCAUGUCUCUGGUAAGCCAGAAUUCGCGCCGCCGCCGCCGCCGCGUUGCAAAGGCCACUGCGCACAACAGCAGCUGGGACGAAAUGCAGGCCCCUAAUGCCCCCGGUUUCCCCGCUGAUAUGCCAGGCUCAGACGUCCCCCGGGGUCCCAGCGAUUCCCAGAUCCUUCAGGGCCUCUGUGCCUCUGAGGACCCAAGCACCUCCGUUCUGCCCACCUCCGCUGAGGGCCCAAGCACCUUUGUGCCGCCCACCAUCUCUGAGGCCUCAAGCGCCUCCGGGCAGCCCACCGUCUCUGAGGGACCUGGCACCUCCCUGCUGGCCACCCCCAGUGAGGGCCUAAGCACCUCCGGGCCUCCCACCAUCUCUAAGGGGCUGUGCACCUCUGUGACGCUUGCCGUCUCUGAGGGCCGGAACACCUCCAGGCCGCCCACUUCCUCUGAGGAACCGAGCACCUCCGUGCCGGCCACCCCUGGUGAGGGAACGAGCACCUCCGUGCCGCCCACAGCCUCUGAGGGACCAAGUACCUCCGUGGUGCCCACCCCUGAUGAGGGACCGAGCACCUCCGUGCAGUCCACCGCUGGUGAGGGACCGAGCACCUCCGUGCCGCUCACCGCCACUGAGGGCCUGAGCACCUCCGUGCCGGACACUCCUGAUGAGGGACUGAGCACCUCCGUGCCGCCCACCGCCACUGAGGGUCUGAGCACCCCCGUGCCGCCCACCCCUGAUGAGGGACCGAGCACCUCCAUGCCGGCCACUCCUGGUGAGGGACGGAGCACCUCCAUGCUGCCCGCCGCCUCUGACGGACAAAGCAUCUCCUUGGUGCCCACCCCCGGUAAGGGAUCAAGCACCUCCGGGCCACCCACCGCCACCGAGGGCCUGAGCACCUCCGUGCAGCCCACUGCUGGUGAGGGACCGAGUACCUCCGUGCCGCCCACCCCUUGUGGGGGACUGAGCACCUCCGUGCCGCCCACCCCUGGCGAGGGACUGAGCACCUCUGUGCCUCCCACCGCCACUGAGGGCUUGAGCACCUCCGUGCCGCCCACUCCCGGUGAGGGACCAAGCACUUCCGUACUGCCAACCCCCGGUGAGGGACGGAGCACCUCUGUGCCGCCCACUGCCUCUGAUGGAUCGGACACCUCCGUGCCGCCCACUCCUGGUGAGGGCCCAAGCACCUUAGUGCAGCCCACUGCCUCUGACAGACCGGGAAGCUCCGUGCUGCCCAACCCUGGUGAGGGCCCGAGCACCUUGUUUAGCUCUAGUGCUUCUGUGGACCGGAACCCCUCCAAGUGUUCCAUUGUUUUGCCAAGCCCUAGGGUAACCAAGGCCUCCGUGGACUCGGACUCUGAGGGUCCUAAGGGUGCAGAAGGCCCUCUAGAAUUCGAGGUCCUGAGAGACUGUGAGAGCCCCAACUCCAUUACUAUUAUGGGCCUCAGUACUUCCCGGGUUGCAAUUACCUUGAAGCCCCAGGACCCUAUGGAACAGAAUGUAGCUGAGCUGUUGCAGUUCCUGCUGGUGAAGGAUCAGAGCAAGUACCCUAUCCGGGAGUCUGAAAUGCGGGAAUAUAUUGUUAAAGAAUAUCGCAACCAGUUUCCUGAGAUACUCAGGCGAGCAGCAGCCCACCUGGAGUGCAUUUUUCGAUUUGAAUUGAGAGAACUUGACCCUGAGGCACAUACCUACAUUCUGUUAAACAAACUGGGACCUGUGCCCUUUGAAGGGUUAGAAGAGAGCCCAAAUGGGCCAAAGAUGGGCCUCCUGAUGAUGAUUCUAGGCCAAAUAUUCCUGAAUGGCAACCAAGCCAAAGAGGCUGAGAUUUGGGAAAUGCUCUGGAGGAUGGGGGUGCAGCGGGAAAGGAGGCUUUCCAUUUUUGGGAACCCAAAGAGACUUCUGUCUGUGGAGUUUGUAUGGCAGCGUUACUUAGACUACAGACCAGUAACUGACUGUAAACCAGUGGAGUAUGAGUUUUUCUGGGGCCCAAGAUCCCACCUAGAAACCACCAAGAUGAAAAUUCUGAAGUUCAUGGCUAAAAUAUAUAACAAAGAUCCUAUGGAUUGGCCAGAGCAAUACAAUGAAGCUCUGGAAGAAGAUGCUGCCAGAGCCUUUGCUGAGGGUUGGCAGGCUCUCCCUCACUUUAGGAGGCCCUUUUUUGAGGAAGCUGCUGCAGAGGUAGCAUCCCCUGAUUCAGAGGUUUCCAGCUAUUCCUCAAAAUAUGCCCCACAUUCAUGGCCUGAGUCAAGAUUGGAGAGCAAGGCAAGGAAGUUGGUGCAGUUAUUUCUGCUUAUGGAUUCAACUAAGCUGCCUAUACCAAAGAAAGGAAUUCUGUACUACAUUGGCCGAGAGUGCAGCAAAGUGUUCCCUGACCUCCUGAAUCGUGCUGCCCGCACCCUGAACCAUGUCUAUGGGACAGAACUAGUGGUACUUGAUCCCAGGAAUCACUCCUAUACCCUGUACAACCGAAGAGAGAUGGAAGAAACUGAGGAGAUCGUAGACAGUCCAAACAGGCCUGGCAACAACUUUUUGAUGCAGGUCCUAAGCUUCAUCUUUAUCAUGGGCAACCAUGCCAGGGAGUCUGCAGUCUGGGCCUUUCUGCGGGGCUUAGGGGUUCAAUCUGGGAGAAAGCACGUGAUUACCUGCCGAUACUUGAGUCAGCGCUAUAUAGACAGUUUACGGGUUCCUGACAGUGAUCCAGUGCAAUAUGAGUUUGUAUGGGGUCCUAGAGCCCGUCUGGAAACCUCCAAGAUGAAAGCCUUGCGAUAUGUGGCCAGAAUCCACAGAAAGGAACCACAGGACUGGCCACAGCAGUACAGGGAGGCAAUGGAAGAUGAGGCCAAUAGAGCUGAUGUUGGGCACAGGCAAUUCUUUGUUCACAACUUCAGGUAGAGGAAUGCAUGGCAGUCAGAGGGGCCUUGCAAGAAGGGGCCUUGGAGCCUCAGGUCUCAUGUAUUGGGUGAUGGGGGCGGGUACAUACUGUAUUUGGUAUUUGUGUUCCAGUUAUAUUUACGUCUUUUCAUAUUUAGUUCUUGUGUGGUGUCUGGAAGUGUUUCAACUGUUUUAAUAUAUUGUCCGAUUGGGUAAAUGUGAUUGACCACUUGCUGUCUCUGUUGUAUUUUGGUAUGAGUUUUGAUAGCUCUAUAAAAUGUUUUGAAAAUCUUUCCAUCUUGUUGCAUUAUCUAGAAGAGAAUAUAUAGCAUAUAGCUAUAGAUAUAGGCUUUUCCUUAAAAGCUUAAAAAAAUUCGCCAGUAAAAUAAUCUAGCUUAAAGUGAUAAACAAACAAAUAUAUUGACAACUGAAAAAGCACUCUAAAUUGUGGCUGGCUUCCCUUUCUGUGUGCUAUUAUAUAAAGAAUACUGAUGUUUACCUGUAUUUGCUUUGCUGUACUAAAGUGUAAUGAACAAUAAAAGAUUAAUAAAUGAAACAUAAUGCUAA